AUGCUAGAACUUAUGCAUCAAUAUAAAUUACAGUAGUACCAUAAAAUAAAUAAAAAGUUAUACUAAAUCAAACCUAAUUUUCCUCUUAAUCUUCUAGUUAUUUACUUCCAAAAUCAAUUACUGAUUUCAAUCAAUCAUCCUCUUUCAAAGAACAAGAAACAAAUAAAAUUACCAAUAAAGCUCAUAUAAUUAUUCCCCACAGGAAAGUGGCUAUUUAUCUAAUUACACUCUUACCAAAAGAUAUAAUACCGUAAGUGGAUAAUAGAAUUCUUAGUAAUAUUAGAAAAAAGACAUUUACAAAAAACCUUCAUCAUACAAAACCUAGAAAGACAAUUUAAUUAAGAAUAUUAGAAAAGAUAAUGGAGAUAUUUACUUAUUAAUAAAUGA